CCGCCCUUUGCAUUCUUCUUCGUCGUCUGUUUAGUUUAAUGGCGGACGGUGCGUUUCCGCCUCCGACUGGACUGGAAUAAGUCGUAAACGCGUGGAUAGUCUGUAUAGGCUCUGUUGUACUUAUUAUGUAAGGAGGAAAAAAAGACAAACUACUAUGAAAUAAAUAAAUAGAAAGGGGGGGGAAGAAAAAAAAACAACAACAACCGCCAUUUUUACAAUGUUAACCCGAGUUGCGGUGUACAGUCGCCGAAUCUAUCUCCUGCACUUUGAUUGGUUCUUCAGCUGUCAGACUAUGAAGGACUGGCCAAUCGAAGUGCACGUAUUAGAAACGACAAGCCAAUCCUAGAGAAGCGGAGGCGGGAUAGUUUGAAAUACAGGUUGGGGAAAAUAACUUCCAAAUUAGUUAGCUAGCUAACUCGUUUCUUUGUGUAAACACGACCAGUUUGUCGUUAGAAGCGGUUGGGAGCUAUACAAAUGCAACAAAAGACAAUAUUCUUUGCCUAGUUAUUUAGGUGUUUAUACCUGUGAAGAUCUAAACCGUCAUCAUGUCGGUGAGAACCCUAUCGCUGCUUCUAUUCCUCGUAUUUUGUCAGGUUGGACACCGGGCUCUCGCCUCUACCUCCGAGCUACGAGAACCGCCAAAGAAAAUUGCCAUCAUCGGAGCCGGAAUCGGAGGGACAGCGGCAGCUUAUUUCCUCAGGCAGGAGUUUGGGCCCGGCGUCAAGAUCGACGUGUAUGAAGCUGGCACUGUCGGAGGACGACUCGCUACGGAGAACAUCGAUGGACGAGAUUAUGAAAUGGGAGGCUCGGUUAUACACCCGCUUAAUUUGCAUAUGAAGCACUUUGUGGAUCGACUAGGUCUGUCAUUUCGUGCUGAAGUCCCUUCGAAAAUGGCCAUCUUUGACGGGAAGGAGCUGAUAUUCGAGGAGAGCGAUUGGUUCAUCGUGAACUUCCUCCGCAUGCUGUGGCACUACGGCUUCAACGCGAUCCGCAUGCACAUGUGGGUGGAGGGGAUUCUGGACAAGUUCAUGAGGAUUUAUCAGUACCAGCAGUUCGGCUACUCGUUCUCGAGUGUUGAGCGACUUCUGCAUGCCACGGGUGGAGACGGGUUACUGGCUCUGCUCAACCAGACGCUGGAGGAGGCCAUGCUGGCUCAGGGUUUCUCUCAGGUCUUCAUCAACGAAAUCGUCUCCCCGAUAGCACGUGCCAGUUAUGUACAGAGCGUUCGCCUGCACGCCUUUGUCGGUUCCGUGUCCCUAUCGUGCGCUGACUCGGGCCUCUGGGCUGUGGAUGGAGGUAAUAAGCGAGUCUGCUCUGGGCUUCUGUAUCACAGCAAAGCCGAACUCAUUCCAGCGCGUGUGACCAACAUCGCUCUCAAAACGAGGCCCUUGAAAAGCGGCACCAUCGCAAAAUUUUACGAAGUGAACUACGUCGGUGAUUCCGGCUCCGCCCACACCCUUUACGACAUUGUGAUUUUGGCCACGCCCCUCCACCAGGGUCUGUCCGAUAUCAGUUUCUCGGGCUUCUCUCCUCCCCUGCCUUCACACUUAUCCGGGCGCUACCACCAUGUAGUGACUACGCUAGUCCUCGGGCGUCUCAACGUGUCCUAUCUGGACGCCAGCCGGAAACCGAGCGAGUUUUUCGCCUCUGACGUUUUGACCACCGAUAACGAGAAACUGGGCAUCUCCAGCUUGUGCGCCAUGGACCCUGUCCACAUCAUGCCGGGCUACUCACGGCCUCCGGCCAGCCAGACGGCAAUGUGGAGGGUCUAUUCUCCCGAGUCCCUGACCGAGGAGCAGCUGAGCAUGCUGUUUGUCUCGCGAGAGCGCGUGGUGGAGAAGCCCUGGCUGGCAUGUCCGUUAUACAGAGCGCCAGAGCGUCGAGCUCCAUCCUUCAUCCUCCACGACAACCUCUAUUACCUUAGCCCCAUCGAGUGGGCAGCGUCAUCGAUGGAGAUGAGCGCACUCUCGGCACGUAACGCAGCACUGCUCGCCUACCAUCGCUGGCACGGAGACACGUCGAAGGUGGAUCAGGAGGACCUGUACUCUCGCCUCCGGGGGGAGCUGUAGAGACGCAAGAGACACUUUUAUCAAUGACAAUCAGGAAAUCUUCAGUGCACGGGUUGUUUGAGUGAAUUUCGUGUGUGUGUGUGGGGUGUAUUUAAUUUACGAAAAAGAUUUAUGCUAAGUUUUACAGCAUCCAGGGAGGCUUUCCGUUCUAAUUUCUUUGCGGUUGUUUUUCAGCACGUCAUUAGUAGUUACUUGGACUUUUAAAUUGUUUCCCAAUACUCGAGAAGUCUUUUAGAGAUAAAUCUACAGGAACAGUUCGACCAAACUAAACCAGUCCACCAAGACACUUGUAGUUUUUUGCGCAGAAGCGAUAUACACUCUUCGUCCAAAAGUAUGUGGACGCCUGACCAUCACGCCCCAUGUGCGGUUCUGCCCCAAACUGUUAGAAACACACGAUUGUAUAGGAUGUCUUUGUAUAUUCUAUAGCAUUACAAUUUCCCUUCACUGGAACUCGAGCGUGUUCCAGCAUAACAAUGCAUCCCCCUGUGCACAAAGCACAUCUAUUUAUAAAGAUACGGUUCGCCGAGGUUGGCGGUGGAAGAACUCGAGUGUCCACAUACAUUUGGCAAUACAGUGUCGAUAGCUAAUAAUAUGGAGUGGGCAACGUAAGAGUCGUAGCCAUUUCAGUAACUGUGCAUCAACGACACCAGUAACAUCAGGUAAAAAUGAAAUCAAAUUAUUUUUAUUAUUUAGUAUGUCACCUUGUACAUCCAACAAUGUACCCUAUUAUAUCAUUGCGGUUUCUGUUGCUAUCAAUCAACGGCUCUUUUUAAACACUAAUAUCGUUGAUUUGGUGUAAAGGAAUAUAUAUAUAUAU